AUGGGCCAUGAAACAUUCAUAAGGUAUAAAUCUCUAGCAGCUCGCAGGUAAGAAUCUCUAAGUGAAAACAAGGAGCAGCUGUGUUUGAAACAGUCUGACUCCAUACAAGAUGUUUAUUCUGCCGUAUAGCUGCAGCUUUCAAGGUUUUAGUCUUGAUCUCAAUUCUCAAACUCCCAUCGCUACCUGUGAGGGGGGCUACUAUUUCUUCCAGUGCCCAAAACGGUUCCCCUACUUUAUUUGACUACGGGAAAAUGUAGAAAAUACUGCAGUGUGGGUUGAUCUGUAUUAGAAGAAGUGAUUCUAUAUACAUAGUAGGGGAUCUCUCUGACUAAACUCUCAUCUUUAGCCUAUAUUCCCCUUUUUGAUUUAGAAGGAAUCCUCUAGGGAUUGGAUGUUCGAUAAGUUGAUAAUUUUCUGAAGAAGUACAGUAGAGCGCAAUGAAACAGGCUACUUAAAUGUAGCUAUUUGUUAUGUAGUGAAAGGAAGGUACCAAGGUAUGAAUAUUCAGGAGAUAGGGAGGCCUAGCAAUAAGAUGAGAAAUAUCUCUUCACUAUUAUUCCGCAUUAGAAAUGAGAUAGCCCACUGUGCUCUCAGCUCAUUAGGAUCACUGUUUAGAGAGAACGUUAUUAGAGUUUCCUAUCUUCUAAAGCUGGCUAUUUUUAAAAGUGAGAAAUAUGAUAUUUUCUUCACUCUUUUCAUCAACCCAUUUCCACCUUUUUUUUCUCUCACGUGGUCAAAUAAUUAUAGCUCAUUGCCACCAUCUAUCUCAUCAGUGAGUGUUAGAUAGAGGGAGUGAAAGUGAAAGACGUGUGCCAGUCUCACUCUCUCAAACUCUCCCAGUUCUGUCAUAACAGAUUGGAGGAAUUGUAUUGAAACUAACGUCUCUUUCUGUCUUUGCUGCUGCAGGAACUUCUACUACAUCACCAUGCUGAGGGACCCUGUCUCCCGCUACCUGAGCGAGUGGAAGCACGUGCAACGCGGCGCCACCUGGAAGACAGCCCUGCACAUGUGUGACGGCCGCUCUCCCACCCAGGACGAACUGCCCGCCUGCUACAGUGGCGACGACUGGACCGGGGUCACCCUGACCAACUUCAUGGACUGCCCGUCCAACCUGGCCAACAACCGGCAGGUCCGCAUGCUGGCCGACCUCAGCCUGGUGGGCUGCUACAACGUCUCCUCCUUUACCGCCGGCGCCGAACGGGAGCGCGGCCGCGUCCUACUAGCCAGCGCCAAGAACAACCUCCGCAACAUGGCCUUCUACGGCCUGACCGAGUUCCAGCGCAAGACGCAGUACCUGUUUGAGCGGACGUUCGGCCUGCGCUUCAUCCAGGCUUUCACGCAGAUCAACAGCACGCGGGCAGCCAGCGUGGGGGUGGGGGAGGGGGCUCUGCGGCGGCGCAUCGAGGGGCUCAACGCCCUGGACAUGGAGCUGUACGAGUACGCCAAGGAGCUGUUCCUCCGGAGGUACCAGUACAGCCGCCAGACACAGCACCGGGAGCAGAGGCUGAGGAGGAGGCAGGAGAGGCAGGAGGAAAGGGAGCGGCUACAUCAGCACAGAGCCCCCAUCUCCAAAUCCAGGAGGGAGGAGGAGGAGAGGGAGAUAGAGGGGGAGGAGGUGGGAGGUGUGGCCACCACAGAGGACUACAGCAGCCAGGUGGUGAGAUGGUGA